AUCCAUUCCCCAAUCAAAGUAUCAUCAAAAGACUCUGUAUUAGCAUAGCCGGCGCUCUGGAGUGUGGAUCCUCCUCCUGAGCCUCCAGGCAGCAAGCGAUGAUGAUGAUGAUGAUGAAAGGAGGGACGCAACCAAUCAUCAUCCUGAUGGUGAGCCUGAUAGCACCAUGGCUCUGUCUCGCUUCUUCGUCAUCUCAAGAUGUGGGUGCAGCAGCAGCAGCUCUGAAAGCAGAGUACAUAAUAAAAGUGAACUUCAGCACGGCGUCGGCGACCCCCGACAAGUACAAGAGCUUCAUCGCUUCCGUUCGUGCUGGCCUGGUGAGCACAGCCGCCGAGGCGGCCGGCACCAACACCAGCGGCGGGAUCCCCGUGCUGGUCAGCGAAGACGACCCGCUCGCGCUGGAAGCGUCUCUAAACAUCACUCUGGUGAACAAGGCCGGUCGUUCCGUGAGCUUGAAGAUGGACAUCUCCGGCGCCUACAUCGCCGGCUACGAAGCAGGGAACUUCUCGUGCCUCGUCAAGAGAUCAGGCUCAGGCCACACGUUGUCGUCGGUGACCUGUUACCGGAGCUCGUAUCCAUGGGGAGGUCCUCCGACCGUCGACGUCGCCGUCCCCGAGGUGUCCGCAUGGCGGGUGGAGGAUCUCGACGAGGCUAUCUCGUCGCUGUUCCUGUUCCCGACGGGGAACGCGACGAAGGAGGACCUGAGCCGGGGCCUCGCCGCCUGCGACGUGAUGGUCGCGACCGCGGCCACGUUCCCGUACGUGGAGCGGCGGAUGAGCGCCGGCAUGUGGGACGGCAACGGCGUGUCCAACGACGGGAGCCUGCGCGGGCUUCAGGAGAGCUGGCCGGACCUCUCCGCCGCCGUCCAGGAGUCCUACCAGGGCGCCUUCGCCGCUCCGGUGGCUCUUCAGCGGAGCAACGGCGAGUGGAUGCUGGUGGACAACGUGCGUCGUGCCGUGCCCCUCGUCUCCUUCCUUGAGAACGCAGGCUGCAAGAAGAAGAUGACGACGACGACGGAGGCGGCGGCGGCGGACCAGCGGCUUCCCUUGCUCAUGAGGUCCGUCGUGCAACAGCCGCCGCCGGAUGAGGAGGACAUGCAGAUGCAGCUGGGCAGUUCGCCGGCGGCGGCGGCGGCGACGACGUCGUGCGGCCAGGCCGAGCCGACGGUGCGGCUGGUCGGUCCGGAAGGGAGGUGCGUGGACGUGCCCUACGGCGUCUACUACAACGGCAAGCAGGUGCAGCUAUGGAGCUGCAAGUCCAACGGCGACGUGAACCAGCUCUGGACGCUGAAGCGAGACGGCACCAUCCGGUCCAACGGCAAGUGCCUGGCGGCCAGCAGGAGCGACACGGCGGGCGCGCGCGUGGUGAUCGACGACUGCCCGCCGCGCGUCCCGACGGGGCGCGUCGUCUGGGAGGUGCGCGUGGACGGCACCAUCGCGCUCAAGGGGUCGUCGUCGUCCGGCGGCGGCGGGCUGGUGCUGGCCGUGACGUCGUCGACGCUCUUCGCGGGGCUGACGGUGCGACGGGACGACCGCGGGACGGGGCAGUCGUGGACGCCGACCAACGACACCGCGCCGCUGGACGCCGCCAUCGUCGGGUUCCGCGACCUCUGCCUGCAGGCGGACACCGCCGGGGCGGUGUCGGUCGCCGCCUGCGGCAACGGCGGCGUGCGGUGGUCGAUCUACCCCGACGGCUCCAUCCGCCCGCCCGCGUGGCUGCUCCUCCAGUGGCAGUGCCUGGCCGCAGACGGCGCCAGCGGGCGUGUCAGGGUGAAGUACUGCGACUGGGCGGGGUCGGCUUGCGAGCGCUGGGUGUUCCGCAACGACGGCACCAUCUUCAACACCGGCACCGGGAGGGUCUUGGAGGUCGUCGGAGCAUCAAAGGGUGGUGCUAGCGGCGGGCAGGUCGUCGUGUCGAAGGCCGGCAAUGGGAGUCCCACUCCUACCCAGAAGUGGGCGCUCAUGCUGUGAUCUUGAGCAUGCAGCAUGUCCAUGUGCGUGAGGGCAGUACUGCAACGGCAGUGGAUUGCAGGACUAGAGGAGCCAGCGUGUUUUGUGUGUCACGAGUCGCGAGUUGUUGGGUUGUUCUUCUCAGCAGACAGCACGAAGACAGCAAGCAGUAGAUAGUUCACCACCAGUACAAUAAUGCAUGCUUGCUUGCUAGUGUAAUGCUACUAGCUAUAGCUAGGAGUACGUGCUCCAAUAAAGUCUAUAGCUCUGUGUACCAUUUGCCUGCAGCGCGCUGAUGCAGUGCUGUACCCCAGUAAAAUCUGUUUUGUGUUUACCAUGCCGAAAAGUACACUAUUCAAAUAUA